CAGAGUGGGACUCUUCGGGGAGAAAAGGCAGGUCAUUUCUGACUCAGAAAUCAGCCMCAAACACUGCCCUUUCCUCCCCGAGCUGAGUCCUAUCUCUCUCCGCGGAAUGGAGCAGAAAGAAAAUAUUCGGCCUCUGGGAGGGAAAGACAGAUAAAAGCAGCGGGGAUCUGUGCGUUGGGACACUUAUCCCGACAUCAUAGGAGACAUAAAAAAAAAUAAUCAUCUUCUCAUGUUUAAAAUUACCUCUUUGGGGAGAGAGGGGGCGUGGGGAAACGGGACUAAUUGGAGAAAUCUCGCAAAAUACCCUUUGCAGGCAGUAAGAUGAAUGGAAGAAACACUUCAAUAUUCCUACGAACCACUUCAGUUCUCACGAUUGAAGUCCUUACAAAUCCUUCCAUUUUUAAAAAAACCUCCCCCGCUUCCCGUUUCCCGUUCCCCGUUCUUAAAUACAGACAUUUAGUCCGAAUAUCCCGCUGGAGAUGGYUCCCAAGUUGAAACACGCUCUUAGGAAAAACUCGCCCAGCUUUCGGCGGGGCUCCCCAAACCGGCAGGCUCCCCGGUGUCCGUAGGUUUCRGCAGUCCCCAUCUUUCUCUCCCUUUCCAAAUCCUCCUCGCCGGUCCGGGGGGCUCCGUCGGGGCKCAGCGCUGCCUCUCAGUAUUUGGCCGGGCAAGUGGGCGAAUGGCAGAUCAGCAGUUUCAGAAGAAAGUGUGGGGUUGAUUAUUGACUAAAAAGACUUUUUUUUUUYCCCUUCCAAAGCAACAUUCACAGGAUUGUUUGAAGCAAAACGCAUACGAAGGAUUUUUGCCUCUUCUCUCCUCCUACGCUGGCCGCUUCUCCUUUCAUGUGGUGCCUUCUCACUUAUGCCAUAAGGAGCAAGUGUUUUCUGUUUUAGUGCUCUGUUUACAGCUUUGGUGCACGAAGUCAUAAAUCUUGCAUAGCCAUAAAUGACAAAAACCAUUGGUAUGCGUAAGAGGCCACCCCAGCCUUAUAGUGCUUUUUAUUUCUCGCUUCCCCCUCGCUUUGUUUGUGUUUAAAGAUGACGCCGCGCUCCCUCGUGCUUUAAACGGACUAGUUAUAUUUAUAAUGCCUUAAUUAACGAACCAACGUCAAAUUUACACCUAGAUUUUAAUCGGAGGCUCCCCUUAAUGCGCGGAGCCCAGAGCCCCGUUACAGUUUGCCAGGCGGGCAGAGUCUGCAACUUUGUUUAAGUUCUCGUUUGCACGGCCGCUGCCGUGUUUCUGUUGCAGAGAACUAGGGGGACACCAGCACCCCCAAACCCCGUGGGGCUSAGGAAAGACGCGAGCGCCUUCCCCAGCUGUGUCGCGGAAAGAAGGCGAACAGUGAGGCGCCGGGUCCGYGUCCACCCGGGGCUCCCACCCACUCCUCCCCACGGGGUGCUGAGGGCACCCCGACCCGUCUGGGCAGCACAUGUGUGUGUGUGAGCGCCUCUGUGCCCGUCCCGGGCGCUGGAGAUAUUUGAGGGGGGCAGGGGGGUGUCUGUGUGUACAUCUGUGUGUGUGUGUGCGCUCACGCAUGCAUGAGUUAAUAAUUAGUAACUCUAAUGAUUUCCAGCGUGACUCUGAAAGCAUUGCCCAGAGCGGGGAUCCUGGUGGGCUUCGGUUGGCUCUCCGGACCGAGCCCCGGCUCUCCGGGCUUUGCUCCCCUCCCCGGGAUUCAGCCGGGAUUGUGCGGGGCUCCCGGCGGUGGGGAGCGGCGGAGGGGCUAUUCUGCAGCUGCCCCCCAAGCCCACCGGUCUGCCCGGAGAGGCCAUUGGAGGAAGAGCGCCACGUGACAGAGGGGUGCCAAUGUUAUUCUCCAAGGGUGUCAAGACCCUGUCAGUUUGCGAAAUAAAUAUUGGGAAACAACGAAAUGCAAAAAGCGACCUACUACGACAGCUCUGCAAUCUAUGGUGCCUACCCCUACCAAGGAGCAAAUGGUUUCACUUAUAAUGCGAGUCAGCAGCAAUAUCCUCCAUCUUCAUCACUUGUGGAAACUGAGUACCACCGCCCUGCGUGCUCCCUCCAGUCCCCUGGCAGCUCUGUGUCCCACCACAAGGCCAAUGACAUCAGUGAGAGUUGCAUGAGGACCCUCCCCAGCCAGACUCUCCAGCCCCCCAGCCUCGCUGACCCACAGGCUCCACCGCAGCCGCCUCCAGCCCAGCAGGCACAGCCUCCACCUCCGUCCUCCACCUCACCAUCUCAAAAUGCCAGCAGCAACCCUGCCCCGGCCAACCCCACCAAGAGCCCAGCUCUUAACUCACCCACCGUGUCCAAACAGAUAUUCCCGUGGAUGAAAGAGUCUCGGCAAAACACAAAGCAGAAAAACAGCAGUUCCAGUUCAGGUGAGAGUUGUGCUGGUGAUAAAAGCCCACCAGGGCAGGCCUCCUCUAAGCGAGCCCGUACAGCUUACACAAGUGCCCAGCUGGUAGAACUGGAAAAGGAGUUCCACUUCAAUAGGUACCUUUGCAGGCCACGAAGGGUAGAAAUGGCCAAUUUGCUCAAUCUCACAGAAAGACAGAUCAAAAUCUGGUUUCAAAACCGCAGAAUGAAAUACAAAAAGGAUCAAAAGGGCAAGGGUAUGAUGACCUCUUCAGGAGGACAGUCCCCAAGCAGAAGCCCUGUCCCUCCAGCUGCUGGGGGAUAUCUAAACUCUAUGCAUUCUUUAGUAAACAGUGUCCCCUACGAGCCCCAGUCGCCUCCACCAUUUAACAAGCCUCAUCAAAACACCUAUGGCAUCCCUGCAUCGUAUACUGCUCCUCUUAAUAAUUGCCCACCUCCUCAAAAGAGAUACACGGGGACAGCAGCUGUGACACCUGAAUAUGAUACUCAUCCUCUUCAAGGCAACGGUUAUGGGAAUCCACAUAUACAGGGAAGCCCCGUCUAUGUAGGGGGCAACUACGUGGAGACCAUGACCAAUUCUGGGCCUUCCAUCUUUGGUCUAACUCAUCUCCCUCAUCCUCCCUCUGCCAACAUGGACUACAGCGGGGCUGGGCCAAUGGCCAACAAUCACCACCAUGGACCUUGUGAUCCACAUCCAACAUACACAGACCUUACCACUCACCAUCCUUCUCAGGGAAGAAUUCAGGAAGCGCCCAAACUCACUCAUCUGUAAGAGACAGGAGUCACUAAGAGGAGCACCAAGCCCCCAAGUUUUGGAAAGUACUCAUCCCUUCCCUUCUCUCUCCUCCCCCCAACAUGUGCCCUCCCCUUCCCUUCUCGUUUCUUUUGUUCGUUUUGGUUUGUUUCCUUUCCUUUGUAAAAGCGUUUUCUAGUUUAUGUGACGUAGCAAUAUUCGUUGCUUGAAUUGCUCUAUAGUUUCACUAGUGGAUAUUUAUCUUCUUGAACUGUAGCCUUGUGUCUCACUUUGGGAGUAUGCAGAGGCUUUAUACUUUACCUUCUACACUUUUAUCAAAACAGGGUAUAUGAACAAAUUUUCUAUAAAAGGAAUUCUUAAAUGUGAAUUUGUUCGUACAUGAUUGAUCCCACGGGGAAGCAAUUUUUUUUAUUGCACUUCUUUUAAAUAGCAAGAAAGACAUCAAAAGCGCUUGGACAGGGACUCCCUGGACAAUUAUUGAUACGUGUAAGUCUUUCAAUGUGUGUAUGCUGGUGAACAUUCAGAUUUAUUUAUAUUUUUUUUUCGCAAACAUUGAAUAAUCUAAGUGUUUAAAAUUUUAUUUAUCCCCAUUUGUUCAUAUUUAUAUAUAUAUAAAAAAUCUGUACCCUGAAUAUUCAGGAGGCCAUAUAUUAGAUGGCAUAUCGGCACGCGUUAGAAAUAUCAUUUGAAAGGAAACUAUUAACUCCUUUUAUUAAAAAUAGUGAUAAUAAUGAUGAUGACGAUGCAAUAAAAUCUGGGAAAAAAAGACCACGGUUUGAAUACUUUAUGCUUGUAACAACCAGCUAGGCAAAAAGCGUGUGAAGCUGAAAAGGCUAGAUUUGUUUUGAAAGUUAUACAUUCCUUGCUGCUCACGUUCUGGAAAAAAAAAAUAAAGUUUUUAUUCUGAAUAAUAAAGAGUUAAGAACAUGUUCUUCGCAUCUCAGGGGAAUGGAGAGCCCUUCAUGACGUGGGGAGCUAGGAAACUCGUCUGUAAACUUACACGAGGAUCUGCUCGCCCACCCGAAGGGCCCCGCGACGCCUUUUCAGCAUUUCAUAGGCAGGCAGAGAGAUUU